GCGAGAGCAGGUUCCUGGUUACUCAGGCUGGGAGGAGGAGGCGGUUUCUCGGGAUCAUUUCUUUUUCCCUCUUGUGUUGGAGUCAUUGGUUUCGGGGCCCUCAUCCGCUGCUCCACACAUACAUGGGUUAAUCGGACGUUUAAAACCACUGGGAGACUGUGAACAAUCCUGGGGAAAGAAUGGGAAGGAACUGGCACUACAUUGAUGAAGGAGAAGGACAGCGGGAGAAAGAAAGACAGUAAAAUUCAGAAGCAACAACAAUAUCUGUCAAUAAACAAUCGAAAGGAUGAUAUGGAAAUCCCAUCACACUACCGUCACUUGUUACGGGAAUUGAAUGAACAGCGGCAGCAUGGCAUCCUUUGUGAUGUGUGCAUCAUUGUCGAGGGGAAAAUCUUUAAAGCACAUAAAAAUGUUCUGCUUGGUAGUAGCCGCUACUUCAAGACUUUGUACUGUCAGGUGCAAAAGAUGUCCUCUGAUCAGGCUACUGUGACUCAUUUGGACAUAGUCACUGCGCAGGGUUUCAAAGUAAUCAUAGAUUUUAUGUACUCAGCACACCUAGCGUUGACAAGCAAGAAUGUCAUUGAGGUGAUGUCAGCUGCAAGUUAUCUGCAAAUGACAGACAUAGUUCAGGCAUGUCACAGUUUUAUCAAGGCAGCUUUAGAUAUCAGCAUAAAGACUGAACCAUCAGAGGAUAUUAUGGAGUAUGAUAUGGGAGCUCCCUCGAGCAGCAGCAUUGAUGUUGUAACCCCAGUAGCAGUGGGCAGGAGUAGCUCUCCUUGGUUAGAAAGGCGACGGACAAGCCCAGCAAAUUCUUCUGGAGAUUCAGCAAUUGCAAGUUGUCAUGAUGGCGGAAGCAGCUACAGCAAAGAGGAACACGAGCAGAAAACUGACAGUCAUGAUGACAUCUCUUCACAAUCACUCUGGUCUAGUGACAUUGGUUACAAUUCAUUUAGAGUUAAGGAGGAACAGAUAUCUCCUUCACAUUAUGGAGGUGCUGAACUGAGAGAAACCCACCUUGGAAAGAGCAACACUUCAGCACAAACUGGAUUUUCUGAUCAGGUCCCUGAGGGAUGGCAGCUAUCUGGCAGGAAAAAGAAUCGCAAAAACAAACAAACGGUGCGCCACAUUACACAGCAUGUUGAAGUGGACAGCAGACCCAGCUCUCCAAUGCCAUCAAUGCUAACUGUUGGUGGAUGGCCAUACAGUAGCCGUGAUGGGACAGGUGUGGAUGUCACUGAACCAAGUAGUUCUGAUAGUAGGGGAGACAGAUCUGAUUUUUGUCAGAAUCCAGAGGAACCGCUGGCUGGUGUAGAAUCAAAUUAUCUUUCUCAAUUUGUUGCGUCCGUGAAAGAAGAACAGCAGGCAUCUACAGUGGCCAACCUGCGAGCUGCACUUCUGAGCAAGCAUAACUUCUUGUCUGUCAAGUCAGACCAACCAGGAGAAGAUAAUCCUAUUAUUUUCGAGUACUUGCCUAAAGGGUCUGGAAAUAACUUGAAUCAUUCUGAAGAUGCACAUGAUUACCAACCAAGAGAUUUGUCUCUACUGACUUCCCAAUUUCCAGCACAGAGUCCGCGGAUGUUGCAGUGUGAAGAAGCUUCACCUGAGCAAAUCUCACAGAAGCAAGCUGACUCCCCACUGCAGGUCAAGGUAGAUAGUACUGAGGGAAUCCUGCCAUUGUCAAAAUCAUAUGGAAAUGAAAAUUCAGGCCUUGACACCAGUAAUGCAGAGGGCUCCUUAAAAGAUGAAGAGACAGAAAUGGGGACCAGCUUCUUUCCAGACAGAAGUUCAAAGAGUUCCACUUGCACAUCAACUACAAGCUGGCAUCAAGAAGAGCUUGCUUGUAGAUUCUGCAGAAUGAAAUUCAGCGAUGCAGAAAAGCACACAGAACAUGAAUAUCAGCAUGCCUUAAAGAUGUUGCCAGUUGAAACUUCUGAACAUAUGAAGCCAACCCUUACAGCCAUGAGCAUUCAUGUAUUUCCUGUGCAAGCACUCCGGUACAAGUGCUCAAAGUGUCCUGCCAGCUUCACGCUGAAAUCAAAUGCUGAACGUCAUGAGAAGACUGUCCACUACAAACUUAAUGAAUUUACCGUGAUAAGAAAGAAAUUUAAGUGCCCGUACUGCAGCUUUUCUGCGAUGCAUCAGUGUAUCUUGAAAAGGCAUAUGCGUUCACAUACAGGAGAAAGACCGUAUCCAUGUGAAAUUUGUGGCAAGAAGUUUACUCGGCGGGAACAUAUGAAAAGGCAUACGUUGGUGCACAGUAAAGACAAAAAGUAUGUCUGCAAGGUCUGCAACAGAGUCUUCAUGUCAGCGGCCAGUGUCGGUAUUAAACACGGUUCUAGGCGUCAUGGAAUAUGUGUGGAUUGUGCGGGUGGAAGUCUGAUGUCUCAGCUAGACCAGGAUGGUACAGACGAGUCUCCAGAUGGAAUGUUCUCUGCAGAAAGCCAGUACCCGGAUGAUCAUGGGGAAGGUCCUUAUCCGGAUGAUCAGGGCGAGGGCCCCUAUCCGGAUGAUCAGGGCGAGGGCCCCUAUCCGGAUGAUCAGGGCGAGGGCCCCUAUCCGGAUGAUCAGGGCGAGGGCCCCUAUCCGGAUGAUCACGGCGAGGGCCCCUAUCCGGAUGAUCACGGCGAAGGCCCCUAUCCGGAUGAUCACGGGGAGGGGCCCUAUCCAGAUGAUCACGGGGAGGGCCCUUACCCAGAUGACCAUGGGGACAGGGAAAGGGAGAUUGAUGAAGAAAUGGCAGACGGUGAGGAGGAGAUGAAGUGGAAGGAUGAUGUGAUUCCCCAGGCCGAUAUAAUUCUUGAAACUAAGGAGGUAAUUGAUUCCCAACAAGACCAAGAGAAUCAAGAAAUUCCUGUAGGAGAUGACAAGGAUUUUGGGUGGAUUUCCCAGGAAAUGUAGCCUUUGGGUUACCUUUACAUUCUGGAGUGCAUCAACGCACUGUAGUUCUUUAGAGUGCUAGCUGUUUCACUAAUGUACACGUUAAAUUGUAGUCGGGCAGUUUUACAAGAACAUUAUAUUUACAAAAACUACUACUCAAAGAUAUGUACACCACAGUGAUUUUUCAGGUUCAUUGUCCAAUUGUGAAAUUUAGGAUUAGCCGUUGUUAAAAUUUGGGGCAUUGUACCAGUGGUUCUAUACGCCUUUCUUAAAUUUCAUAAUGUUUUUGAAAGAUGUUGGUAAAUUUUGAGAUUUUGAAUCAUUUUAUUUAGUAUUGUCUAAGUAUGUUAAUCCAGAUUGCCCAUGUGAAUGCAAGAUCCAAAGCACAUUGCUAACAGUUAAUAGAUAAUAACAGACAUUGAAUAGCAAAGGUUUUGUCCAACUGUUGCUUCCCACAAUGUGAUCAAUAAUUAUUAAAGUUAUCAUUCCCUCCUUUAGCUCAAUGCAUCCAGAUGCGAAAACCCCAUCAUUUUUUUGUGUUAGUAGAUUAGAUCAUUUUGACAAAUUAUGUGCAAAAAUUAACAAGUGUACAUUCCCAAAAAAGAAGAUUCUCCACUCUGGAAAGAGUUGAGACAUUCCUUCAUUCUAUAAUGUCUAUAUGUGCACACAAAUUCUGCCAUAGAUUUAGUUCCGAGUUAGUGUGUUUUAAGAAGUGUUUCAUAAUGGGGUUUCUUCGCUAUGGCGGGUGUGAGUCAUGUGCUGCAUUGUGUUCUUUUAACAUUUUCAAUGUCUAUGUGUCUGUAGUCUAAAAAUGACUAUUUUUAGUCUAUAUGUCAAUGUUAAUUUUGACUAUCAAAACAUGUGCUUUCACAAAGUUCAAAGCUGUGCCAGAUAUCUGUCCUCUUUAGACAUGGAAAGAAGGAGUUAACUUAAUUGUUACAUUGAUAAAAAGGUAGAACAUUGCUUUUUUUAGUUAUAAUAUACACUAAAUACUGAAUAUAUACCAAAUUAUAUGUUUUAAUAGAAUUUACUUUGGAUACUUUAAGAUGAUUUUUGUUUAUCAUUUAGAAAAUGCAAAAAAAACUGGAAUUGUUCAUUAUAUUUCAGAAAAUCAAAUCUUAUCAUGUUUGGCUUGUUAGUGGUAAUACAGUAUGUGCAAAUUACUAAAUUAAGCCAUAACUAUGGUUACUUUUUAGAAAUCUAUAUUGUUGUAUUUCAAAUUUCUGCCUUUUACAUUAGGAGUUUUGCCUGAUGAAAGUUUUAAGAGUGCUGUGUGAGUAUGCUCUCAUAUAUAUUUAUUUUUUCAACAUGCUUUCAGCUGGAUUUAAGAGAGUGCUUAAAGCUGUUGAAAUCUUCUCUGCUUGGAAUAUUAUUCUAUAUCAUACUGACUUUGUAAUUAUAAACCUGUGUUUGUAUUCAAGAUGUGUUUAAUAUUCAGAGUUAGUUAUGAGUAGUGGGAGAAGAUGACUGUGCAUUGUACUGAUCUCUGUAAAUGUAGUAAUUAAAUUUUUUUAGUGAUUAUGCUUUCUGUAUCGGGCAUACCAAAGGUCUGCCUAAAGUUCAUGUGCUGGGAAUAGCUUGGAUAUACUCACACCCAAAUCAAACUUAAAUAAACUUGGAAUUGCU